AUGGUUCUCAUUUUGGGAGGUGCACAGAGUAUAGAUUGUUGCAUUAUCUCAGAAAAAACUAAUGAAACUGAAGAUGGAGAUGGGUACGGCCUGAUACUCAUACCUGACAUUCCCUCUUUGUCAAUACGAAAUUUCUACCUUGAUAGGCAGAAGAUGAAGAAGUUUGGCAAGGCGAUAACUAGUCAACCAGAAGAUGUUGGACCUCUGCUGAAUAUUAAAGAUGAUGAUCAAGUAAAGUGCCUUGUAUUAUUAGGUACUGAUGCUUUCAAAGAAUCAAAAUGUAUUGAAGCAAUUUGCCGAAGAAACCAGAAUGUAGCCAUUGGUGGUGGAUUUGUAGAGGCAGCCGUCCAUCCGGAUGUGGUAGACGGUGAUCGAGAGUAUGGCAUCACUGGGCUUGUUUUCUGCGGCCCCAAUGUUAUCGCCAAUUCAAUCAUCGUUCCACCUGAUGCCACCACUGAUUCUGAUAUUGAACGAGUAAUCCUUCAGUUGAAGGAAAAACAUGUAGUCACAUCUCCCAGCCAGAAGACGAGGAGCAUCGGCUUCAUGGUAGCCUGCGUAGCCAGAGGUACCCACCUCCAUGGCCGGUCUGGAGUCGAAUCUGGAAUCUUCCGCAGACACUUCCCGACCACACCGCUUCUGGGAUUCUUCGGCAACGGGGAAAUUGGCAUCACUUGCCUCGGCCCAUCUUCAUCACCGACAAAUCCUCAUUCAUUCCAACCAAACCUGCCUAGCGCUCCCAAAAAAUCACGAACCACAUAUCUUCACUCUUAUGCCACCACAUUCACCCUGAUCUCCUUCCCUGUCGAAUAA